GCCGCCGGCCUCUGGCUCCUGGCCUCUUCCCUUGUGCCAUGGCCCCGAAACGGCAAUCUGCGCUCCUGCCUCAGUCCAAGAAACCCAAAUCGGCUCCUGCCCCGAAGCUGGAGGACAAGUCGGCCUCUCCCGGCCUGCCGAAAGGAGAAAAAGAACAGCAAGAAGCAAUUGAACACAUUGACGAAGUACAAAAUGAAAUAGACAGACUUAAUGAACAAGCCAGUGAGGAAAUUUUGAAAGUAGAACAAAAAUAUAACAAACUCCGCCAACCAUUUUUUCAGAAGAGGUCAGAAUUGAUCGCCAAAAUCCCAAAUUUUUGGGUAACAACAUUUGUCAACCAUCCACAAGUGUCUGCACUGCUUGGGGAGGAAGAUGAAGAGGCUCUGCAUUACUUGACCAGAGUUGAAGUGACAGAAUUUGAAGACAUUAAAUCAGGUUACAGAAUAGAUUUUUAUUUUGAUGAAAAUCCUUACUUUGAAAAUAAAGUUCUCUCCAAAGAGUUUCAUCUGAAUGAGAGUGGCGACCCAUCUUCAAAGUCCACUGAAAUCAAAUGGAAGUCUGGAAAGGAUUUGACAAAACACUCAAGUCAAACACAGAAUAAGGCCAGCAGGAAGAGGCAGCAUGAAGAGCCGGAGAGCUUCUUCACCUGGUUCACUGACCAUUCUGAUGCAGGUGCAGAUGAGUUAGGAGAGGUCAUCAAAGACGAUAUUUGGCCAAACCCCCUGCAGUACUAUUUGGUUCCUGAUAUGGAUGAUGAAGAAGGAGAGGCAGAAGAUGAUGAUGAUGAUGAUGAAGAAGAGGAAGGCUUGGAAGAUAUUGAUGAGGAAGGGGAUGAAGAUGAAGGUGAAGAAGAUGAAGAUGAUGAUGAAGGGGAGGAAGGAGAGGAGGAUGAAGGCGAGGAUGACUAGCACAGAAGACUGAUGGAUUCCAACCCUCUUUUUUAUUUUCUGUUUAUUUUUUAAUUUUCUCCAGUCCCUGGGAGCAAGUUGCAGUCAUUUCCCU